UUCUGCUACCGAAAGAGAUGAGUGGUUAGAAGCUAUCUCCAAGUCAAUUGAAGAAUAUACAAAAAAGAGAAUCACGUUUAAUCCUAGCAAAAGUCUUGAAGAGGCAGAUGCAGAGAAGGAGGAAGAAGAUAGUCCACUGGGAUCAAAGGCUCCAAUCUGGAUCCCUGAUACUAGAGCCACCAUGUGUAUGAUCUGUACAAGUGAAUUCACCUUGACAUGGAGAAGGCAUCACUGCAGGGCAUGUGGAAAGAUUGUCUGUCAAGCUUGUUCAUCAAAUAAACAUGGUUUAGACUAUAUGAAAAACCAGCCAGCAAGAGUAUGUGAUCACUGUUUCAGGGAGCUACAGAAACAAGAUAACCAGUGCACUCCUAAGAGUGGAUCCCCAGUCAACCAUAAAUCUCCGUCAAGUGCCUUGUCUACAGUAUUACACAGUAUUCCCUCUGGAAGAAAGCAGAAAAAAAUUCCUGCAGCCCUCAAAGAAGUUUCAGCCAAUACAGAAGACUCUACAAUGAGUGGCUACCUACACAGAUCUAAGGGCAGUAAGAAACCAUGGAAACACCUGUGGUUUGUUAUAAAAAAUAAGGUGCUGUACACAUAUGCUGCUAGUGAGGAUGUGGCAGCAUUAGAGAGCCAGCCUUUACUUGGAUUCACAGUCAGUGAAGUAAAAGACGAAAGCUCAGAGUCUAGAGUGUUCCAUUUACUGCACAAAAACACUUUAUUUUACAUAUUCAAAGCAGAUGAUCCCCAUUCAGCUCAAAAGUGGAUAGAAGCUUUUCAGGAAGGCACCGUGUUAUAG